AGAAUCAGUUGGCUACGCAAGGCGAGCGAAAAGGUUUCGAUCGAAAGUUGCCCCUUUUAGUUGGAGAUUCAAUAGUUCGCGCAUUCAGUAGUUCGCAAUGGUGGUCAUCAAGAACGAGCAGAAGAUCUCGGUGCCCGAGUACCUCAACGAGAAGUUCUUCACAGAGACCCUGGAGGAGGGUCUGCGGGAGUCGAAGGUGACCCUGAAGGAGAUCAACUUUGCGUGGGGCAGCAAUCCGGGCGACAACUACUGCUCGGCCAUCUAUCGCGUCGCAGUCACGUUCGCACGGUGGGCCGAUGGUGCGGAAUCGCCGGCAACAGAACAGCUUUCGCUGAUUGUGAAGACCAUUCCGAUCACCGAAGCCACCCAGUUCCUGGAGGACGUCUGUGUGUUCAUCAAGGAGAAGCAGACCUACACCGAUGUCUUGCCGCGCUUGGAUAUCCUCAGCCGUGGCGACACAUUCGGCGCAAAAUACUAUCACUCCGUGAAGGCUCCGGUGCAGACGAUCGUGUUUAGCGACCUCAAGGUGGAGGGAUUCAGUGUGGCAUCGCGGGAAGCAGGCCUAGACUGGAACCACGCCUCCCUCAUCCUCCAGCAGCUGGGAAAGUUCCACGCCACCUCCAUGGUGCUGGCCAAGAAGGACCCCGCCAUUGUGAAGCAGUACACACGUGGCAUGCUCAGCGAGGACAUCCUGAUGAAGAGCGACACCUUUGAGCAAAUGUUUGGCGGCUUCCUCAAGGGCCUCAUCAAGAGCUCGGCGAGCUGGAGCGGCUACGAGAAGAUUAGCAAGCACCUGCAGCGGCUCAUGGACAACUUUAGGAACGUGUGCGCGGAUGCGGCCAGGCCGAGGAAGGGGGAUCGCUACGUGGUGCUCAACCACGGCGACAUGUGGACCAACAACUUCAUGUACGGCUACGAUAACGCUUCGCAGCCGGACGUUCCCACGCGCGCCAUCUUCGUGGACUUCCAGCUGAGCUUCUAUGGCAGUCCGGCGUGCGACCUGAACUUCUUCCUGAACACCAGCAUCAAGCUGCAGCUGCUGCAGGAGCGCCGCGAGGAGCUCAUCAAGGUGUACUAUGCGGCCUUCAAGGACGCUCUGGAGUAUGCCCGCUUUGAGGACAUUCCCACCUACGAGGAUCUGCAGUAUGAGCUGCGCAGCCGCGAAACCUACGGGCUCUUCGGCAUGUUCGCCUUCCUGCCCAUGAUCACCAUGCCCAAGGAGUUGGCCCAGGACAACAGCAUUGAGAACAUGCAGGACGAGGCCUUCAAGCAGCGCAAAAUGGAUGCCAUCUUCUCGCAAAAGUUCCUGAACGACCACCAAAAGUGGGCUCUGCAGCGAGCGGAUUCACUUGGCGUCUUCGAGGACUACUGAAGAGUGGCAUGAGUAUUAUGGAGGUUGGGGCUCUUUUACCUUUGUGAUACAAGUAGAGGCUCUUCCAAGGCGCUCAUCCUUAAUAUAGCUAUAUUAGCUUCUUGCCUGAGAAGGUAAAGUGCAAAUGGUGGGCCUUUAAAUUGAUUAAAGUACUAAACCUGACUUCGAUGCAAUAAAUUAAAACGAAAAUGUUGGGCUAUCGCAA